AUAUUUCUCUAAACAAAUCCCACCAACCCCACAUCUCCCUUUCUUUCUCUCUUCUGUUCAUAUUCUCAUCUCUCUCCAUUGGACAUGGAGGAGAUGAUGGCAGGGAGAGAAGGCUGUAACCCUAAUUCAACCCCAUCACCACUGCCCAUGCACAACCACUCCCACACAAUAUCCAAAGUGAAGCCCAAAAUUCGAAUAAUCCACAUAUUUGCACCAGAGAUCAUCAAGACGGAUGUGGAGAACUUCAGGGAACUGGUGCAGAGGCUGACGGGGAAGCCCAGUGCUGCAGAUAAGGGGUGCAGGAAGAAGAACAUGGCAAGAGGGGUGGUCUGCAACAAGGGUGUGGGGAAGAAGAAGACGGCGGAGUUUCGGGGUUUGGAGUCGAGGGAGAGGAUCAAGGGGGAAGAACACAUCUGGGGAGGGGAGAAUUCAGGUGGGUUUUUGAGUGGGUUUGGGGAUUUGGAUGGCUUCAUGCAAGAAUUUGGAGAAUUCCCAUUACUCCCACUGGAUGUUUCUGCAACUCACAUGCAUGGUUUUGGAGAAGCCCAAAUCUCCUAGAAUAACAAAGAUGGUGCUUAAUUUCAGGCUUCCGUUGCUGGGUUUAUGGAUGUAAAUACCAGGGUCUAGCAUAUAGUUUUUGAGGGUUUUUUUUGGGGGGGUGAGGGUUUGCACUGAAUUUCAUGUCUAUGGCUCUUCAUUUGAACAUGUUCUUAUUAGAAGUGACCGAAUACAUAAAUUUAUUUUUCAAGGAUUUGUUUGUUUCUUUUGGAUG